AUGCAAGGAAACUACAGGAAGAUCCAGCCGGCUCCGAGAGACGACGCCGAUGAGAUCGACCGCAAGUUCCGCGUGGCCAAACGCAAGCGCCAGCAUGUCAGGAUAGCCUGUAAUCCCUGCCGCGAAAAGAAACGCGCCUGUCAAACUCGCAGUCUGGCGUGUAUCUACCGCAUACCACCCAAGACAGUUGACUCAACAAUCAAGAUUCAGAAACAGCUUGAUACCCUGCAGCACAGCUUUAAUCACUACGCGGACAUCGUAGACCAGCUCAAGACACUACCUGAAACAGAUGCGCUCAAGCUUCUGCAGAGGCUGAGAUCCCCGGCGGAUGUGAAUGGGGCUUUUGCGUCGUUGCAGGGGAGUGUACAUACCAGGAUGCGACUGUCGAAUCACAGGACGGCACAGGCUAUACUGCCGACUACGAAUUCAAGGCUCGAGUUUGAGCUCACAGCGUUGCAUGGCAUUGUCUACCCGACGCUGGUGCCGAUUGAUAUUACGUCUCUGGGGAUAUCGCCUCUGGAAAAACCGGCGCUUCCUGUGGCGCGGACGGAGAGUUUGAUGCAGAAGAUAUCACCAGCGAGUCCUGUUGUACUUUCGUCGGAUAGAAGCCGUCAGCUUUGCGAUAGUCGGCUGGAGGAGAUUGAUAUUUCGUACUGGACGAAAGUUCCGAUCAGCAAUGAAACUGCUGCGGCGAUGAUCUCGUUAUUUCUGGAGACGGAUCAGACGAUCGUGGGGUUUGUUGAUGCCGAUCUAUUCGUCGAGAGUCUUGUGGAGCGAACUCCCCAUUUCUGCUCUACGUUCCUAGUCAGCGCGAUGUUAUACGUUGCUUGUUAUGGGCGACAGCAUGCAUAUACAGCCUUCGAUCUGGAAUCCGUAGCCGUUGGCCGUCUCUGCUUCCAAGAAACGGAAAGGCUGUUUCGCGCUGAGGGCUCCUUCGACGACAUCAUCACCCUAGCAGCCAUCAACACCUUCAGCCUCGCCUGUCGCUUCCACGGACACGAGAUGCUAGCUCAGGAACUGGUUGCUUCUGCUCGCCACAUGGGGAAGAGGCUGGGCCUGUACGGCGUCCCGCUGGAUAGUCCGUCGUCGCUGGCGUUCCAGGAGUUGCCUGAUGACUUGGUCCGGAUGACUGCACAUGUUGCCUGGGGCACUUACAACUGGUUAACGAUUCAUGUUCUGUUUUUUCACGAUGAGAGUAUAGCGAUACCGCCUGCUCUACCAGUACCUGGACAUGAGCGACAUGAUGACAUGUGGCCUCAGCAUCCGCUGCCAGAAUACAUGGGCUCCUCGUUCACCAAGCUGUGCGAGUACUUCACGGUGAUCCAGGAGGUAGCCGUGGUAUAUUCCAUAGGGGACGGGAAACCUGUCGUUGACCAUGUCCCCAUUGCUUUCGCAGAAGCCAAAUACCAGAAAAUCCUAGCCUGGGCGGAUUCUCUCGGUAAAGGAAUGGCAUGGGAUCAGAACAGCCAAGAGCACGUCAUGCUAUUCCACAUGUGGUUCCACUGCGCAGUCCUGGAUAUCUUUCGCCCCUUCGCCCACGGCCGCCACAAAAACUAUACCCUCAAAUCCUUCUCCUCCCAAGACAGCACCCCGAAAACCAUCUUCUCCGCCUCCCUGAACCAGCUAAAACGGCUCGCCCUACUCUACCGCACGCAGCAAAUGCCCAACAGCUACAUGCCCUACAUCAACAUAUCCCUAAUCCACAUCGCCAACACAAUCUGUAGGGAAACAAACGACCCCACGGCCAAGUUUUACUUUCUCCUGUGCAUACGCUACUGGCAGCACUUGUACGUAGGAUAUCCCAUAUUCGGGGGGAUAGCACAGGCGUUCCUGACAAUGGCGAUAAAUAACGGGUUGAUCACGAACAGAGAGGCCAAGAGGCUGAUGGCGGAGGUUAAGGCGCAGGGGGGGCAUCAUGAUGAAGGGAUCUCGACGAGUUUGAUUGUGGAUUUUGACUUGGCCAUGACGAAUAGGGACGAGGCCGAUGUCCAGGCUGUUGCGCAGAAGUUUGAGGAGGUGGCGCUGUUUGAUGAGUUUGCGGUGUACAAGAAGGAGGAUUAG